AUGAUAAAAGAGAAGGAAAAACUUAUGGCCAGUGAAACAUAUACAUUAGACGUUGAAAAAAUAAAAAGCAAAGAAGUUAAGUUGCAUUUUUUGUACUAUUCAGUAAUAUUUGCAUUAUUUGUCUUAAUAGUACUUGUGUAUAUUUGUUUAAUACCGGGUUUUAGCAUAGAAAGUAAGAACAAUUUAAGAACCUUGAUACCUAAAAGUUUUAAAGAUAUAAUAAAUUUACAAAAUAAAGAGAAAGUAAGGAUAUUAUACGAUUCUUUAAUUUCAUACAAAAAUGAACAUGAACUAGUUUUAUUAUUAUUGUUAUCAUUAUUAUAUAUUUUAUAUCAAUCAUUUCCAAUAUUUUUAUGGUGGAUGGCUGGCACAGGUUGUGUUAUAACAAUAUUAAUAGGAGCAUUUUAUAAUUAUAUUUUUUCCAUACUUUAUUGUUCCAUAUUAGCAACUCUUGCACCAUUUAUUACUUAUGUAAUUUUUAAGUAUUAUGGAAGAACAGUAAUAAAUUAUUUUUUUCAAAAACAGCUUAUUAAGUUUAAUCGGGAGUUAAAUAAAAGAGUAAGAAAUAAUGUAGAUUUGUUUGUUUAUGUAACAAUAUUAAGAUUAACCCCUGUUUUUCCAAAUGUUGUGAUAAACUUAGUUGGGGCAUGUGUACAACUUCCUGCUGUCCCUUUUUUUUUAGCUACAUAUAUAGGCAUUUUACCGAAUACUAUAAUAUUAGUUUCUGUAGGUCAAGCAAUUAACAGUAUAUCUUCUGUUAAUAUGACGAAUCAGUUCUAUAUGUCCAUAACGUUUAUAGUGUUGCUUUUACUUUUUCAAACAGUUAUAAAUUAUAAGUGUAAGGAUAUGAGAAUUCAGACAAGGUAA